CUCUUCCCACCCCCUUGCCGUUUCUGCAUCUGCCUCUCUCUUCUCUACAGUCUCCCUCUGUCUGUCUCUCUCUCUCUCUCUUAACUUAUGGCAGCUUUUGAGGCCAGUAGUAAUCCCCCACUUCAACCUCCGUCAGCUACUGCUUCCACUCUCCCCCAGUACCCUGAGAUGAUUUUGGCUGCCAUCGAAGCUCUGGAUGACAAGAACGGCUCGAACAAGUCUGCAAUCUCGAAGCACAUCGAAGACACCUACGGCGAGCUUCCUCCCGCUCACACGACUCUCCUCUCUCACCAUUUGAACAAGAUGAAGCAGAGCGGUCAGCUCGUCAUGGUGAAGAACAACUACAUGAAGCUUGACCCCAACUCGCCGCCGCCACGCGGCCGUGGUCGGCCACCGAAGCCCAAGUCGGAUCUCCCGCCGGACGCCGUGGCUUCGCCGCCGCGACCCAGAGGCCGCCCACCCAAGUCCAGAGACCCCUCGGAUCCACCCCCUCCGCCCAAGAUCAAGACGCCGUCUCCCGGCAGCGGUCGUCCCCGUGGGAGGCCGCCGAAGAAGGCGAAGACUGGUGGUGGUGCGCCGCCGCCGCCGCUGACGGCGAGUGGGCCACUGACGGCGAGUGGGUCGCCUAGGGGUAGAGGACGACCUCCCAAGGUGAAGACGGCAGUGGCGACUCCAGUAGGGUGCUGAUUGAAAUAAAAGAAUAGGGUUAGGGGUCUUAGUGCUAAUUGUUGUUGUUUUUUCACUUUAUUUUUUUUUUAUUUGUCUUUUACAAUUCUUUAGACCUUUUACUUUAUGGUAUUUGUGGUGAGAGUGUUGUAAGGUUUAAUGUUAGGUUGAGAGUUGGGUUUGAGGGACUUACUAGUGUCUGUAAUUGCAAUGUAAAUUUAUGCCAGUGGAUGAUGAAGCUUUAUGGCUUCUUUUUAUCACUCUUUUUCUAGAAAAAAUGAAAACAAUUUGAGAUAGAUUCCUCUUUA